CUUGGAUUUAUUUCAACUUCGUAGAACUUGAACAGGAUUUCAAUCAGCAACACUCUCUCCUUCAUCCCAGGACGCUGACACUCUUCCGAUAGUGAAAGAGUGUUCCAGGAUGACCCGAAAAUUAUGUCCGGCCACAUAGGACGACGACUGUACGCGAACAUAUGCAAACGAGCACAUCCCCUCAUCUUCCACGCAGAGCAAUCCUCCGCCUCUGCCUGGUCAGCUUUUAUUACUGGCGCGGCAAGACCAUCAAAUGCCGUCCAGGGCUUGUUUCGAGGAAAUUGGUCAAGGACGUUUUCAUACUCCUCUCCUAAAAAUGCUAAGCAGAUCACUCGACGCUUCGCAUCCGGCGGCUUCCUGGUCCUGGGUACAUCACCACCGUCCAAUGCGGUAGAAUCCGGCGCGUCAUGUGCUAUCUCCUCUUCGGAAAAGAUAAUAAUAUGUCAUCACGGAAGCGCGGGGUACGUGGAUAGACGCAGACUAGAGAGUUUGGCUAGAGGUGCUUGGAGAAGAAGUAUCCAUAUGUCCUCGAAGGGAAAUGAUGAUGUGCAACCGUCCACCAGCUCCACUCCCUCUCAAACCAUCAAUACCACACAGCGCCCGGCGACGCUGCCAUCCGAUGAAACUGAGACCUCUAAUCGGCCACUUGUGAAACCCUUUGAAUCCGAGUCUAAGUUGACGUCUGAACCCGCGCUAUUGUCGUCACACUCGAGCGGCAAGAGUGUCUAUGGAAAGGCGCUCGCUGGGGGUAGUUCUACAACGACCAACCAUUUCACCGACCGAUUGCCCCAUCGACCAACUAAGGAGGAAUUACUGGCCGCUGCGACGGGGUUUUGGUCGAGGCUAAAAGUGCGCUUUAAGUGGUUCUCUAUACGGAGCAUCCGGCCCUUCAAUAUAGAUGAUAUUGGUGCUUUCUUUUCUUGGAUUCUUCUUGGCCAUGUACUGUGGAUUAUUCUGGGAACCACGACGUUUUUUUCCUUGCUUAUAUUGGCCAUUAAUACGGUUUUCGCUCAAGAAACCUUGGCCAGAUGGAUUGGCAACUAUUUGACCAAAUCGUCGGGACUCACCGUUGUUUUCGAAUCUGCCAUCGUACCCAGAUGGAAAGAUGGCGUUAUCACGUUCAAAAACGUGUUCGUUUCAAGACGCCCUGGCCAAGGUGCUGGAAACGUGAGCAAAGGUUCAUCUAAAACCGCAGCUGAAACUGCUGCAGCUGCAGCGCUAAGGGAUAAGCUAUCGGACGUGGAGGAGGAGGAAGAUACGAACUAUACCCAGUUUGAUGUAUCGAUAAACACGGUCAACGUCACUCUAUCGUUUACCAAAUGGUUCAAUGGCAAAGGCCUCCUACGAGAUGUCGAGGUGAUUGGUGUUCGAGGCGUCGUCGACAGGACGCACGUGUGGUGGCCUGAGGGAUAUCUCGACCCCAAGUCAUACCGACACGAGCACAACCCAGGCGACUUCGAGAUCAACUCAUUUAAAAUGCAGGACCUCCUGGUUACAGUCUACCAGCCGGAUAAUUUCCGGCCGUUCUCUGUCUCUAUUUUCUCCUGUGACCUGCCGCAGCUCAGGCGCCAGUGGCUCUUUUACGAUUUCAUGUCCGCUAAUACGAUGUCUGGGUCCUUUGACAAUUCUAUAUUCACGAUCCAUCCCCGGCAAACACAUUCCUAUACGGGCGCACUGUUGAACGAUGGCAGAGAGGAAAAUGGCGAAGCAAGCCCGUGGAAAAAACAUAGUCGAAUCCGUAUUGAUGGACUUAAUAUCGAUCACCUGAAUCGUGGCGUUGAAGGCCCGUUCUCGUGGAUCCGUGAGGGUAAUGUCGAUAUCGUAGCCGACAUCAUGUUCCCAGCCGACAACGAUGAGAGCCUGGCAAAGGUCAUGUCAGACUUUUACGACCGCCUGGAAGCGACCGUUACAUCGAACCACUACCAACCACAUCCUAAUGGUUCUACGUCCCGUGGUGCAAUUACAGUUCCCCAGGGCGAGAGUGGCGGCGUGGACGAUGCUGUUGCAGUUUCUCCAGAGGCCGUGGAAGAAGAUAAGCGAUUUGUCGUCACCGAUCUCCGUAUCCACCUCAAUAACGUUCGAGCUGUUGUUCCCAUCUUCACCAAGGAUCUUUCAUACGUUAACAACGCGCUCAUCCGGCCAAUCGUCGCGUACAUGAAUUCCAAGCGCACGUUUAUCCCUAUCCAGUGUCGACUUGUGAAGCGUGUUAGCGAUUUUGAUGGUAGUUGGACGAUUUACGAUAGUGGUUUGAUGGACGAUUUAUCGGCUGAAACAUACGAAGCUUUCGCACAAGAUGUCGUUGAUGAACAGGCUCGGAAACGGCGGUUUAAGAAAGUAGGGCUUUGGUCUCUACAACUUGCUGCCCAGGCGAUCUUCAUGGGCAUGGCAGGCAAUAUUGCAUAAUUUUCUAAGUGAUAAACUACCACCCAUCAGCCACCAACAGACAGCUUUACCAAGUAUGUAUAUAUAUAUGUUCCUUUAACGUCUGGGGUGUUUUGCUUUUUGUUCUGUUUCUUGGAGUUCUACUGGGGGACAGAGGAGAGAUUCCCUUGUUGCAAUUAUAUCCUUUCCUAUCUUUCUGUUCUUUUCUUUUUCCCAUUUCCCAAUGUAUAGGAGGAAUUGGCGGUGUUCGUGAUUUAAAAAGUUAACCUGGUCUACAUUCUCGUUAUUUCUUUCUGUUCAUGUUGCAGUGGUGGCUGCGACAGGUUUUUUUCUCUUCCUUUUAUCCACACUGGUCUUAUUACAAAACUAAUAUGUUUCUAUCCUCGGUUUUUUUAUCAACCGCACCGACAUUACAAGUGUUUUGUUUGCUUUCAGUUCCUGAUAUUUGUAUUAUUUCCAUUCUCAUUUUCCGAUUCUCGUACAUCACAUCCUCCACUCUAGACUGCUCUGUAUACAUAUACUGCUACCUGCCAUCUCUGUCUCCCCGUCUCUAUUUAAUGCUAUUAUUUUCCCUUUACUUCUCUCUCUCUCUCUCUCUCUUUUUUUUUUUUUUUUUUUUUUUUUUUUUUUUUUUUUUGCUU